AUGAACGUGAUAUCAUCUGCCAAAGAAACACUUUCGCCUGCGGCUGUAGGGGCCAAGGCCACGGCGCCACUCCUCCACUUUGCCAUCGAACUCGAAUCGUCUACAGCUACGAGCAAGCCAAUCGAUCCCUCCAAUCUCGAACACUAUACUCUGCGGGCAAACGAUCCGAGCAAAUUCCCCGUCGGGGCGCUGGAUCAAGACACAGCCCAUCAGCUGGAGAGCGUCGGGCGACGACUGUGGAACACCUUUCUACGAAAGCAAAAUUGUACUGUCGAAACACACAGUCAAUCAUCACAGCACCAGUUUUAUUUACGCGCAAGGCUUUUUGGCUACCUGCUUCUGGGAAUCGGUUUGCUGGGGCGUCCCGAUGCAAACGCCGACCAGUCUGCCCCAUACCUGACACGGCUGGGCCUUGCCCUAUCCAAAGUCUGCAUCAAUCAGUCAGACCUGGAGUCUGCACGAAUCGCACUGCAAAAGGUCACUGAAUAUCUGCCGUCCAGCCUAUGCGAGACUGCUCCAGGAAAUGGCGAUGGUCCGGCCAGCAGCCACGCUGACUAUGCGAGCUACUACGUUCUGCGAAUCGCCCUGUCGUGGAAGGACGACCGCCUCGAUCUUGCAGAGCACAUGUACAGCAAAGCCACGCAGCAUACUCCCUACAUCGACACCGGCACCCGGACGACUCUUGUGCAUGUCCUCAUGCAUAUUGGGAACAGCUUCAGCUUCAAAUCGAAUCUCGCGGCAGCCGUGCCUUGGUUUCGACGCGCUGCAGCAGAUUCCUCCGUAACCCUCCAAGAAAGAAGCACCAUGACCUGGUUCGAUGUCUCGCAGGGCUGA